UAUACCUACUGGUGUUUCAUAACAACGAGCAAUUUGAUCCAUGUGAUUAUCUGAAGUACGCUGAUUGAUAGCGAUAGAUAAAAUCCACAUAUUUUUAUAUGUUUAGGUGAAAUUGGGUUCCCAGUGUUUCGGUGCAUUAAUUUUCGUGAUUUUACAGAGAGGACAUGGCUUGGUUCGGAUUACACGAUGAUGACUAUUUCGAUGGUUUAUAUAUGAAAGAUUUGGGUAUAGAUGAAGCAUAUCUCAGAAUAUGGAGGAAUGGAAAACAUAUACCAGCAUACCUAUUACAGUCACAUAGGGAGUGUGUACAGUGUGAUUACUACAUGAAAUGGAAAGUUUUCGCAAGUGAUGUCUUCCGUGUCAAUUCCAAUUAUAAGUAUAAGAUUUCAAGUUCGCCAAAUGACGUCAAGGAUAAUAUAUUAUGUGAUAUACCGGAACCCAUGGGAGAAUAUGGCGUAUAUAAUGUUACCUUAGAUGACACACAUUGUACAUUUCAGGUAGAAAAAGAGCCAGUAAAUAUUUAUUUGCCAAUGGUAACCGUUUUACUGAUAUAUGUAGUAAUCAUAUCUGGAAUUUUCGGUAUCAAAAAAUUAAUUGAAAAAUUUCACAGAACUAAGUCAACCGAGGUUUUCCCAGAUGAGACGCAUCCAAAAAAAAGUAGAAUCAAAUCUUUGGAUACUUUCAGAGGGAUAUCAAUCGUUACGAUGAUUUUUGUAAAUAUGGGGGCUGGAGGAUAUGUCAUAUUGGACCAUGUACCAUGGAAUGGCUUCCAUUUGGCUGACUUUGUGUUUCCAUGCUUCCUGUGGAUAAUGGGUGCCUGCAUUCCAAUUUCUCUAACUUCCAGUUUCAAGAGGGGUGUUUCGAAUAACGAACUUAUCGCAUCAGCUGCCAAAAGAUCUGUCAAAUUAUUUUGCAUUGGAGUGUUUCUUGGCUCUGGUGUAUACCUUGAUAGAUUCAGAGUGAUGGGAGUCCUUCAAAGGUUUGGUAUCUGUUAUUUUGUGGUUACACUAAUUUGCAUCGCAACGUUGAAGAGGAACUUGUUGAUAAAUACAGAGAAUACCAAAGUUCGAUGGAGUACCAGUCUAGAAACUACCAUGUAUGGCUGGAUACCUGCUUUAUAUGCCGCAAUACAACAUUUACUUAUUAUUUUUCUGGUCGCAGACGAAGGCUGUGAAAGGGGAUAUUUUGGACCGGGUGGCCUUCAUCAACAUGGAAAAUACCAAAACUGUACCGGCGGUGCAACAGGAUAUUUGGACAGGGCAAUAUUGAAAGCACAUGUGUAUCAUCACCCAACUUCAAUAGAAGUCUAUAAAUCGCAGUCAUUUGAUCCAGAAGGAUUCGUAGGUUGCCUCAACGCAAUAUUCCAUACAUUCAUCGGGGUACAGGCUGGAGUAAUAUUAUUGAUUCAUAAGGAUCAUAAUUCCAGGCUUGCCCACUGGAUCUCUUGGUCACUGGCUUGCUUCGUUUUAGGAGGAGCUCUGUGUGGUUUUUCUAGAGAUGACGGUUGGAUCCCAAUCAACAAGAAUCUCUGGUCAUUAUCCUUCGUUUUAAUAAUGUCGCAUGUGGCUUUUCUCAUCUUGGCCGUCUGUUAUGUAUUGAUCGACAUGAAGAACUAUUGGGGAGGGCAGCCUUUCUUCUACGCCGGAAUGAACUCAAUCUUGAUGUACAUCGGUCAUCAAAUGACAGGAAAUUUUUUUCCAUUCGUCUGGUUGACAAAUGACUAUGACAUGCAAUCUCGUUUCCUGCUUCUUUUACAGAAUGUCACAGCAACUGCCAUCUGGAUGUAUAUUGCUUACUAUUUAUACAAAAUCAAAUAUUUCUUCACCGUAUGAAAAUUGACCGAAAUGUCCUCUUUUUAUUAUUUACAAUAAAUGAAAUGAGAAAGUUUUUAUCGAAAUUAAAAAAAUUAUCGAAUGAAAA